AAAAAAGUUCGCGACUGCGCACAGUCAAUCGCCUCCAGCACAAGAAGGAAUUCUGGACCAUCGACACAAUGCCGAAGGAAAACAAACACAGUAGAGGGAGAAGAGACGAGAAGAAGCUAAAGCGCAAGAGGGAAAAGGGAGAAGAUGAAAUCCAGGACCACCACAAGAGGCAGAAGUCGCAAGACCCGGCACAAGAACUUGAGGUCGAGUUCAUCGGCACAGACAAUGCUGUCCCUAUGGGAGAUGGAAUUGCAGAAGCCGGAGAGGAGGGAGGAGCUACAGAGCGUCCGUUCUAUGGUAUGCUCGAAGACCAGGAACAGGAAUACUUCCGCCGAGCCGACGAACUACUCGAACAGAACGACUUCCCCUCCGACGAAGAACGCUCGCUCUUCCUUGCAAACGUAUACCGAGAAGCUGAGGGUAAGGAGCUGAAAAUCGCAUGCAGUCAGUCAUGUUCGAGAUUAAUGGAGAGAUUGAUCCUGCUGAGUACGGUGGAGCAGAAGAAGAAGCUGUUUGGGAAGUUCAGCGAUAAUUAUCCGCAUUUGAUUCAGCAUCGGUUUGCGAGUCAUUGUUGCGAGACUCUUUUUAUUCAGUCUGCGCCAAUCGUCACGGAAGAACUCACUGCAGAUACGAAGUCGAAAAAGAAGAAGGCCUCUGAGGCAGAUGUGGAUACGGACAUGAAGGGAGAGGAUGAAGAGGAAUUGCUUUCUAUGGAAGAUCUGUUUCUACAAACCCUCGACGAAUUGGAAGGACAAAUGACUUUCCUCCUCACGGAUCGAUUCGCAUCCCACACUCUCCGAGUUCUGCUCGUUAUUCUUUCCGGACGAGCGCUCGAGAAGGCAUCCACAAGAACACUCAUGCAAAGCAAGAAGAAAGAGAAGAUCUCGAUUACAGGUCUCGAUACCACACCCACAGAACUCUCACUCAACAAGCGUGCCGUCCCAUCAUCCUUCCAAUUUGCCAUCGAAAAGAUCAUUUCUGACACAAUCGCCACAAUGGACACAACCUUCAUCCACAUUUUAGCCACCCACCCAACUGGCAACCCAACCCUACAACUCCUCCUCGAGCUAGAACUCACAAACUCAAACUCCAAGAAAGGCAUCAAUGCCUCUGAGAAAACCAUCAUCUCCGCCCUCCUCCCAGACGAUAUCACAGAUGAGAAAAGCCAAUCGCAAACAUUCAUUAAUGGUAUCCUCUACGACGCCAUUGGAUCCCGUCUGCUCGAGACAAUCUGCACAUUUGCACCUGGCAGGCUAUUCAAGCAAAUCUACCGUACUAUCUUCAAAGACCGGAUCGCAGCCGUAGCCAGGAACGAAAUCUCCUCUUACGUUGCCAUCCGUGUCCUGAAUCGUCUGAGCAAAGAAGAUCUCGAAGAAGCAAUUACUGCCAUCAUCCCUCAAAUCGAAGGACUAGUCCAACGAAACAGGACCGUAAUCCUCAAGACGCUCCUCGAGAGAUGCCACGCCAGAGGUGCGGACACCAAGGCUCUCGUAGACGCAAUAGCUGCUUCUUACGAUCCAAAGACCUCAAACGUGCUCCUCAAGAUGGCGUGUCUGGAUGACGUCGCAGCUUUGAUACUUAGCACUCAACCAGGCCAGGAAACAGCCGAACCAACACAACAAAACAAAUCCACACCCUCCCAACUCCAUGGCUCCCUCCUCGCCCAAUCUAUGCUCGCCAUCCCCGGCUCACCAGCACUCCUAAUCCAAAAAUCCUUACUUUCCCUCCCUCCUCAAAUCCUCCUCGCCAUCUCGAUAUACACCACAACCUCUCACAUCAUUCAAUCGGCACUCCUCCCCACCCCUUCAAACACGAUGCCAUUCCGGCGCAAACUUACUAAUACACUCCUCUUCCCAUCCGGCUCUUCAGAUGAAGAAGAGACACCACCAACACUCACCCUCGCCCUCUCCCCAACCGGCUCCCACGUCCUCGAUGCCCUCCUCUCCAGCACCGCCUCCCCCACAUCUCUCACCGUUCCCUCAACACCGCUCUUUUCACUCACCGAGCGCAUAGCCUCCAUCCUGCUCUCCCACGAGAACCAACUCCGCGAUAGCUGGACCGGUCGAAUCGUGGUCCGCAACUGGUCACUCGAUCUCUUCAAGCGACGCCGCAGCGACUGGGUCAAGAAAGUGAAAGAGGAAUCCCUCGAGAAAAUGCGCUCUCUGCCUGUCACGCAUCCAGAAACUCAAAUCCAAUCCCAAACCCACGGUAUCGAUGACGAAGCUGCAGAGGAUGAAGACGAGAAGGAGAAACCGAAGGUCUCAGCGCCAGGAAUGGGCAAGAAGAACAGGAAGGAUAGAAAGAUGGCUAAGAAUGCUGCAAAGGAGGCGGCGAAAGGACCACAGAAGAGCGCGAUUCAGCUGGCGAGGGAGAAGUUUGCAAAGGCAAAGGCGGAGAAGGCAGCAGCUGGAAGUCCGAAAAGUGGGAAGGAUUUCAGGACUGGGGCAAAUGCUAAGCCUGUUACUGCUUGAAAGCGAGAUUUAGCAGAGGGUAGAUAGAUACAGCUACUGAAUUACUGUGAUGAUGAAUGAAUACCCAGAUCUUUC